GGAUUGGGUAAAAUAGGUGUGCAUCACCGCACGUCACAGCUGAGGGAUUUAAACAAGGCUCUUUAUUUGAAAGAUCAGAGUUGCUGUAAUGGACGACCAGUGUGUGUCCCACGGCAGUCCCCAGCGCAGUGGAGGUCCGGCCAGCACAGAAGUUCAGAAGCAGGCACGGCCGAAUGUCAUCAGGUGUGGGUGGCUCAGGAAGCAAGGAGGUUUUGUCAAGUCUUGGCACAGUCGCUGGUUUGUGCUGCGAGGGGACCAGCUCUACUAUUACAAAGACGAGGAGGAGACCAAAGCCCUGGGAGCCAUUUCUUUACCUGGAAACAAAGUUUCAGAGCAUCCAACCAACGGCGAUGAAGGGGGAAAAUUUCUUUUCGAGGUCAUUCCAGGGGGAGACAGAGAGCGGAUGACAGCCAACCAUGAGACCUACCUUCUUAUGGCCAGCACCCAGAAUGACAUGGAGGAUUGGGUGAAGACAAUCCGCAGGGUCAUCUGGGCACCUUUUGGUGGAGGGAUCUUUGGUCAGAAGCUGGAGGAGACGGUGCGGUAUGAACGCCGGUUUGGGAACAAGCUCGCCCCUAUGCUGGUAGAGCAGUGUGUGGAUUUCAUUCGGCAGUGGGGCCUUCAGGAAGAAGGUCUAUUCAGGCUGCCCGGACAGGCCAACCUGGUCAAAGAGCUGCAGGAUGCCUUCGACUGUGGAGAAAAACCCUCUUUUGAUUGUAACACUGAUGUGCAUACAGUAGCUUCUCUACUGAAGCUGUAUCUCAGAGAGCUGCCGGAGCCCGUCGUCCCCUUUCACAAGUAUGAUGAGUUCCUGGCGUCCGCCAAGCUCCUCAGCAAGGAUGAUGAAAUGGGUAUGAAGGAGCUGAGACGGCUUGUGGAAAGUCUACCUCCAGUCAACUACAACCUUCUUAAGUACAUCUGCAGAUUUUUAGAUGAAGUCCAGUCGUAUUCAGGAGUGAAUAAAAUGAGCGUUCAGAACUUGGCCACAGUCUUUGGUCCAAAUAUCUUGAGGCCGAAGGUUGAGGAUCCAGUAGCCAUUAUGGAAGGUACUGUUCUGGUCCAGCAGCUCAUGGCCUUUUUGAUUGGCCGCCACGAUGUGCUAUUCCCUCACAAUGAGGACAGCCCCACUGCCCUCGAGCUGGUCAACAACAACAACAUUGAACUACCGCGGCGACAAGCCACCACAACUACCUCCGCCAUCACCACAGUAUCUCAGAACGCCGAGAACAACAACACACAGGUGGUCCGGCAGUGUGUCUGGGAAGCACCCGAGUCUCCCUUGCACCGCCAACACGUAGACAACAGUGGCUCCCCGCGGCCAUCAAGCCCUCGCAAUGGGGUGGUAGGACGCUUUGACAUCACCCGUAGUCCUCCGCUGACUGUUAAAAAGAACCCGGCGUUCAGUAAAGGCAGCGGGAUUGUUACAAACGGCUCCUUCAGCUCCUCGUCCUCCUCAGAUCCCAAUCAAGACAAGAGCCAGACUCUGACUGGAGGUGGGAGUUUACCAGUGCGGCGCAGUGGGACGCUCAAAGGCUCAGGCACAAAAAUGGGCACCAGUGGUGUGGCAGGCGGAAGCAACACUGGAGGGAAUGGGACUGGAGUUGUGCGUAUGGGCAUUUCAGGGACUGAUGCGGUCACAGGGAGUCCAAACGGCCGUAAUGGCCUUUGGGUACCAAACGGCUGCGUCACAUUACGGGUGAACAAUAAAACACGCGACUGCUCUAAUGGGGAACAAACAACCAAUCAGAAUCGUCUGUCCACAUAUGAUAAUGUCCAGUUAAACCACCAGAACCUGCAGCUGCAGAACCAGAUCACCAACACGUGUCUGAACAGCAGCUGUGAGGACAAACAGAGCGUGGACAGCGCCACCUGGUCCACCUCCUCCUGUGAAAUCUCUCUUCCUGACAACUCCACUUCCUGUCGUUCCUCCACCACAACCUGCCCCGAGCAGGACUUCUAUGGAGGACACUAUGAAGACUUGGAUGGACCAGCACAGGAUAAUGAACCUCCUCAGUCUAUUGGAGGAGGAGGAGGAGGAGAGGGGGAGGGCAGGAGCAUCAACAGGGAAGGUGGAGGAGACGGAGCAGGGAGGAGCAGUCGGAGCACCAGCAGUAGUGAUAAUAGUGACGGCUUCAUGGUUGGUAAUGGACCCGGAAGCCACAGCGCUCUGCACAGCUUAGUGGCCAGUCUCAAACAGGAGAUGCACAAGCAGAAGACUGAGUAUGAGGCCAGGAUAAAGAGCUUGGAGCAGCGCAACCUGGAGCUGGAGACAGAAAUGGUGAGCCUCCACGAGGAGCUGGACCAGGAGAGGAAGAAGUACACCAUGGCGGAGAUCAAGCUGCGCAAUGCAGAGCGCGCCAAGGACGAUGCCGAGCGCAGAAAUCAGAUGCUGCAGAAAGAGAUGGAACAGUUUUUCUCCACAUUCAGUGACCUCACGGCGACUGGCAACGCCACAGCCGCCGACCCCCGCCGACCAGAUCGUAACAACACCAUCUGGAUACAGUGAGGAGAAGCCAGGGAGUUGGGGCUGAAAUGUUAGGGAAGACUGGAAAUUGUUAAUUAUAUGAUGUGAACAUUACGCGGGCUCCAAACAGGAUUUGGCUGCUGGUUGUAAAAAGCAAGUUGGAAAGGUUAACGGCAUGUUGUAAUUUAAGAAAUAGGUGGUGUACGGCUAAUGCAAGCCACCUGUAUAAAUGUAGACAUCACCUGGAGUGAUGUCAGAGUGACAUUAUCUGUAAAUACAGCAUUAUUUAAACAGUUUUCAGACUCUCUCCAACCUACUUAGAAACUGUUGUGGUACGCACUCAUCCGACUUGGAAGUGGAGUAAAGGGACAGGACACCAUAGUCUAUGAUGAUAUACAGUACUACUUUUAUUUUAUAUUAGCUCCUAGAGUCAGAUCGGGAAGGUAAAACAUUUAAAAAGGUUGUUCAGCAAAAAAAAAAAACAAAACAAUAAAAUACCGACCUUGGACCUGAAAACAGCUGAAGACCAUGCCAAAACUCCUCCCUAUCUUAAUUCACUUUUAAAAUCUAACCAAAAAAAUAUGUUGUUGUUCCAUGUAAUUCUGUAUCUGCUCAUGUACAUAGAGGGAGACAGUGCAGAAGAACACAGCAUCAUAUGUAUGUAAAGAGAAAUGAAAGUAGUAAUUAAAUGUUUAUCUGAUAUUUAAGCAAAGUUAUCAAUGUGUGAUAUUUUAUAUUAAGACUUUUUUCCUUGCACUUACAUGUUUGUUUCGUGUCUCAUCAAGGUGGUACUGAAUGUCCUGUCGGUCAAUGUGUGUAUCAUUUAAAUCGGACAAUAUACUGUAUAUGUGCCUGUGCUUCUGUGCUGUUACAUUUACCCCAUGACCAAAAAAAAAAGAGCCUGUACUGUAAAUAUUUUAUAGAUAAUUGUAAACACUACUUGUUAGUCUGUACUGUGGUUUGAAGCGUAUUCAGAUGGAUAUGGCACGUAUUAUGAAUGGAUACUGAUUGAAGAAUGUUUUGUAGCUUGUAAAAAAUAAAUUUGCACGAUGACGACUUGCACGAUGGGUCAUUGGCGUAAAUCCCAGAUAAAAUUUUAAAAAAUGCCUGUUCAUAAUUUCAGGUGACAAAAUGUACUCCCCCCAUUAACAGAUGUGCAGCUGGCAUUGUUCUGUGAAUGCUCUUGGGAAAUACAGCUUAGAGUCUGUGUCUGAGCAUAUGAGAUGCCAGUUUUAAAAAUACUCUCCUGUGGUUUAGCACAGAAUAAGCUGCAGCUACAUCAGAGUUGUGCUUUUGGGUCAUAACUGUGAAAAGAAAAGUGGGGGGAUUACUGCAUCAAGAGUGUCAACAUUGAAAAAAACUGGUUGCUAAAUUCAGUCACAAGUGGUUUGCGCAUGAUGGUGCAUGAGUCCAUGAGGGUCGGUGUGCAACAAGUGAAUGUCUAUAAAGUGACUGCAUAUCGAUAAAGUCUUUAUGAGUGUAUUUAUUUAGCUUCAAACCAAAUGUCUACACACAAUGUGGAUUUGCAAAUGGGUACAAAACAGGACACAUCUGAAUACAGACCAGGACCAGACUUGUCUCCAAAGGAGUUUAUGUGUGCAUGUGCGCACAGGCCUGCUACUGGCUACUUUUCCUCUGGAGACCAGGUCCCAUUUAAACCUGCUGCUGGUCAUUGCAGGACAUCUGGAAUGUGAACAUGGAGAGGGGGAAAAAAGUGCCUGAGCAACUGAAGGAGGGAGGGGAGUCUGUGCUUCUCAUUUUGCACCCUUCACCGGGAAAUAAUAGGCUUAAGCCAAGCUGACAGUGUCACCUCAUUCUGUGAAUUCCACACAAAAGAGCAGAUUAUGGACAUGGCAAGAGGGAGAGGAAGAGUGUGAUGGCGGAAUAUUUUGAUGACAAGAUACUUGAUACACAAAGGAACUUUGAAAAAUGACUUAAUAUGA